GCACCAAGUAGGAGGGGGCUGGGGGCAGAUAUACAGACGGGUACCCAGUGGGGGCAAAGCAUAGAAGGCUUGUGCCAGGAGGGCCGGGGCACAAAGCCAUGAAACCCGGUGGCGUUACCUGCCAAUAGGGGCACCUAUGUUGCCCCCAGAGCACCCCCAGCCCCUGGUGACUUUGCAUGGGGGGGGCAGGUGAUGGGUGCAUGAGGGUCGCCCUGGGUCAGUGACUGGCACACUCUGGGCCUCUGUCAUUGUGAUUGUGCCCACACAGGGGCAGGGAUGCCAGGGGGCUGCAGGUAAUGCCACUGGGCUAACUCUGAGCUCCUGCCCAUCUGCUGCCAACAUGGCCUCCGAGUGUGUGAAGGUGGUGGUGCGCUGCCGCCCCAUGAACUCCAGGGAGCGCGACAUGAACUGCCAGUUUGUCAUCACUAUGGACAGCAGCCGGGGGCAGUGCUUUAUUAGGAAACCCGAGGGGGGCGAUGAGACCCCCAAACAAUUCACCUUUGAUGGGGCUUAUUAUACGGAGCAUUGCACUGAGCAGAUCUACAAUGAGAUUGGGUAUCCUUUGGUGGAGGGGGUGACAGAGGGGUACAAUGGAACCAUCUUCGCUUACGGACAGACGGGCAGCGGGAAGUCGUUCAGCAUGCAGGGAGUCCCGGAGCCACCUUCCCAACGGGGCAUCAUCCCGAGGGCAUUUGAGCACAUCUUUGAGAGUAUCCAGUGCGCUGAGAACACCAAGUUCCUGGUCAGAGCCUCCUACCUGGAGAUCUACAACGAGGAGAUCAGGGAUUUGCUGGGGGCCGACCCGAAGCAGAAGCUGGAGCUGAAGGAGCACCCAGAGCGGGGGGUGUACGUGAGGGAUCUCUCCCUACAUACAGUGCACAGUGUGACCGAGUGUGAGAAGAUCAUGGAGAUCGGCUGGGGGAACCGCUCCGUGGGGUACACUCUCAUGAACAAGGACUCCUCCCGCUCACACUCCAUCUUCACCAUAAACAUAGAGAUCUGCUCUACUGAUGACAAUGGAAAGGAUCACCUGCGGGCAGGGAAGCUGAAUCUAGUGGAUCUGGCCGGCAGUGAGCGUCAGGCUAAAACCGGGGCCACGGGGGAGCGCCUUAAGGAGGCCACUAAGAUUAACCUCUCCCUCUCCGCUCUGGGCAACGUCAUCUCGGCGCUAGUGGACGGCAAAUCCAAGCACAUUCCCUACAGGGACUCCAAACUGACCCGCCUGCUGCAGGACUCCCUGGGGGGCAACACCAAGACCCUCAUGGUGGCCUGUCUCUCCCCCGCCGACAAUAACUACGACGAGAGCCUCAGCACCCUGCGCUAUGCCAACCGUGCCAAGAGCAUCCGCAACAAGCCCCGCAUCAACGAGGAUCCCAAGGAUGCCCUGCUGCGCCAGUACCAGGACGAGAUCAAGCAGCUCAAGUCCCUCCUACUGGAACAGAACGGGCCCCGAGACUCCCCAGGGCUGGAGAGAUGUGCAGUGCCCAAAGCACGCAGGGGCGGGUCUGAAAGUGACAUGGAGGUGGAGAAACGCCUCAUCCGGCAGGAAUACGAGGAGAGGUUUGCGCAGCUCCUAGCGGAUUAUGAGGCGGAGCAGAAGUCGCGGGUGCGGCUGGAGAAGGACAUCAGUGACCUGCGCACCACGUAUGACCAGCAGCGGGCCAGCAUGGAGCACGACCUCAGGAACAGAUCAGCAUCAGAAAGAGACGUUACAGACAGCGGCGCAGCCGGGGAGUCGGAGCCGGCUGAUCCGCUGCCGAUGGCACCACAACUCAAUAGCGUUGGCACAGACAAUGUGGAGACCCUUGUUGCACCCACCCUUCCUGCCAAGGAGCCCCCCCGAAAUGUCACUCCUCAGAACGUGCUCGCCAGGCUGCAGAUGCUGGAGCAGCAGGUGGUGGGGGGGGAACAAGCAGAGAACAAGGACCUGAAGGAGAAGCGGCGGCGGCGCAAGAAAUACGCGGAUGAGCGGAAGGAGGAGCUGCGGGUGGCGCUGCAGAGUGAGGACAGUAACGAGCGGGUGCUGCUCAGGGUCUAUGAGUCCAUCCAGGAGGAACUGCAGGCCAAGAGCCGCCUCCUCGAUAAACUGCAGGACAAGUUGCGCGCCUCGGACACGGAGAUCGAGGACCUUCUGUGCGAGUUCGAGCGGGAGAGGAAAGACUAUCUCGCCGCUAUCCGCCGCCAGGAGAUGGAGCUCCUCCUACAGCAACAGAUUCUCGACCAAGUGCAACCGCUCAUCCGGCGCGACUGUAACUAUAGCAACCUGGACCGGAUCCGCCGGGAAGCGCAGUGGGACGAGGACAGUUACCGGUGGAGGCUACCGGAAGUGGUGUUGCACAAAACCAGUCUUCCCUCAGCUCCGGGGCUGCCGCAGCUUAAAGCAAAGCGAACGCCAGGGGCGGAGACAGAGGAUCAGCUGAUGGAGGAAGAUCGCUACAGGUUAAUGCUCAGUCGCAGCGACAGCGAGAACAUCGCCAGCAACUACUUCAAAUCCAAACGAGCCAGCCAGAUCCUGAGCGCCGACCCCAUGAGGAGUCUGGCUCUGCACAACUCCUCCCCGGUGGGCAGUGCCCCCCUCCUGCCAGCGCCGACCAUCUCCUCUGCCAGCGCCACCUCCGUCUCCCCCCCCCGAGGGACAGAUGCCCCCCUGCUGCGCCCCUACCGCCUCGAGUCCCUGGAACUGCCCCCCCCCUCAGCCAAAAGCAAACGCAAGAAGAACAAGUUCUCCCCCGGCACGGAGCCAUUCUGACCCUGGGGGGCACUGCCAUCCCCUCCCUGUUACCCUGGCACCUCCCUCGCCAGCGGCUUGAUGGGCCCCGGCGCCCAUUGGGGGCUCUCAGGGGGUCCCAGUGUUUCCUGCUGGUCCCUUUGCAGCCAAUGGUUGGGCAGAAGGGCCGCCAUGUGGGCUACCUACCCCCGGGCCCCGUAGCCUGAGAGACAAGAGAGUGUUACUGGGGGCCCCGGGCCCCCCAGGGAAUGAUUGUUGUUAUUAUUAUGUAGUGUUAGGAUGAAAUAUGUACCAGUUCUACUAAAUGCCCCCCCCAGGCUCCCAGCAGGGGGCAUUAGGGCCCAGAGAAGGAACAGUUUAACCCCUUUAUGCCACUCACACCCUGUAUUAACCUCGGCCUGUGAUUGGACAAAAGCUUCUCAUAAUAUAUAGGGUGAGAUUGGGGCCCCCCUGGGCGUUUAUCCUCCCACCCCGGAAUUAGUGGAGGAAAGUUGCCCUUUGGGACCCCCCCAAAUAUUAAUACCUUUACUCAGCAUCAUUGAGAUGGGGGGGAAAUAUCUGUUCUCUGUUCCAACCCCCAAGAAAACUGGGGGACAUGGGGUGGGAAAUGUACCCCAAUAUGAAUUGUGCAGCUUCUCCCAGAAGCCCUGGGUACGGGGUGGGGAAUGGGGGGUUCAUUUCAGCCAUUUACCCCCCCCCCCCCCAUUCUCUACAGACACUGUUUAAUCCCCCCUCCCCCAAUGCAGUUUUGUCAGCUGAUCAGUGAAGGGAAGCAACCUCAUUGGCUGACUAAUGGCUGCGUAUCAUUGGUUGUUAGAAGGAAAGUCAGGCCAUGUGAUCCACCAAUCUGGGUAUGAAUGGGCGGGGCAUCUCAACCCUAAAAUGCCUUGAUGCCCCCUUGCUCGGGGCACUUCUCUGGGCACUUUGGCAACUUACGCUCAUUUUCUAUUUGUUGAGGCUUCUGGGAUAUUGUGUGAGCUCAGUCAGCAACUCAAGGGUUAAGUGAAUCCAGGAAGUGUAUGGGCAGUUCUGGUUCUGGGGGCUGCCUGGCAGCGUGACCCACCCCGGUACCGUAAGUUCUGCCCUGGAACCGCUGCCAAUAGGAAAUGAAUGUACAUUGCAAAUGAGCAGCCAUUUUGUUACGUGAGUUCUGAUUGGUUGUAAGAAAUAAAAAGGUUCAGUCUGAUUGGUGCUUAUGUCGCUGUAUGGUCACAUGAUAUCAGCAAUAAAAACACUCAGAAAAGAAA